AUCAAAUGAAACAACAAUAUGAUGGAAUAUUUUUCAUAUUUGUUGAUCGUAUUAGUAAUAGUAGUACUCAAUUUAUUUGUAUGUUGUGAUGCAAAGUGCAGCCCUUCCGCGUGCGGCGUUCUGAGCAACAUUAGCUCCCCUUUCCGGCUCAAAGGCGACCCAAAAAACUGUGGCGACCGCAGAUUUGAACUGCGCUGCGAAAACAAUGUCACCUCCAUCUCUCUCAACCAUCACAACUAUUAUGUCAAAGCAAUCAACUACCAAAACUCCACCAUCAGGCUUGUUGAUGCUUCCAUUGUUAAAAAUGACAUGUGCUCUUUCCCUAUUGUUUCUUCAUAUUCCUUUACCUUCCUCUAUGAUAAUCCCAAUCCUAUUCCUUACCGAAUUCCAACAACACAAAACCCUAUUAAUUUUAUAAGCUGCUCACAUCAACUCAACAACUCUUCCUUCUUUAGUGAUGUUACUACUCAUUGUGCCUCGUUUCGUCGUCCCAAUACAUAUGCUUAUAUCAAAGUCGGCCACUUGAACGCCUCUCAGCUCCCACAUAUGUGCAAACUUGAUCUCAUAGUGUUGACUUCAUGGCCCGAAUUUAAGGAUUUCGACAAUGUUUCGCUGUCUGAAAUCCACCAAUCUCUCUUGUACGGAUUCGAACUUGUCUUCUGCCUCGAGUGCUAUUAUACCACGCUCAGAUUUUUUCCAUCCGUCUUCGUUGGUAUGUACCCGGUUCUUCUGAUAAUUGUAGGUCUGUUAUGUGCGGUCGUAAGCCCUCCUGUGUUCACCAUCAUUGGAUUCGCAGCUGUAGCAAUGCUCUUAUAUUAUACACCCUCCCUCUUUCUCACUGUGAUUCAGCCGGUCGGAGGCGGAUCACAACCUUACAAAUACAAUUAUCUAUUUCCUGCGGCCAAAUCACAUACUUAUCUACUACCUGCCCUUAUCUUAAGCAUCAUCAUCUGUGCAUCAAGGGUCUUCACCUUCCCUUUGGUGGCGCGGCUUUUGAUUUACAAAUUCCAAACAAGGCGUCGCUCCUCCCAUGAAGAUAUAGAAUCAUUUCUACAAAGCGACAACAAACUCGCCCCAAUUAGGUACUCCUACUCUGACAUCAAAAAAAUGACUAAAGGUUUUCAAGAUAAACUAGGUCAAGGAGGCUACGGUUCAGUUUACAAAGGCAAGCUCCGAAGUGGCCUUCAUGUAGCAGUCAAACUCCUGGGAAAAUCGGGAGGAAAAGGGCAGGAUUUCAUGAAUGAAAUUGCAACUAUUGGAAGGAUACACCAUGUAAAUGUUGUCAGACUAGUUGGAUAUUGUGCACAUGGUUCCAAACUUGCUCUUGUCUUUGAUUUCAUGACUAAUGGUUCUCUUGAGAAGUAUCUUUUCAAUCGAAAUAACAUGAAACCUUUGAAUUGGGACACAAAGUUUGAGAUUGCAGUUGGGGUUGCUCGUGGGAUUGAGUAUUUGCAUCGAGGCUGCGACAUUCAGAUUUUGCAUUUCGACAUCAAGCCUCAUAAUAUACUACUAGAUGAUAAAUUCAUCCCCAAAAUAACUGAUUUCGGGUUAGCAAAGUUUUGCUCUACAGGUAAAAAUACUGUAAGCUUGACUACAGCGAGAGGAACCAUAGGGUAUGUUGCUCCUGAACUAAUCAACAGAAGUAUGGGGGCAGUUUCUUUCAAGGCUGACGUGUAUAGUUUCGGGAUGUUAUUGAUUGAUAUGGUGGGCUUGAAGAGAGACUUGAGAAGAAAGAAUGGUAAUUCGAGCAAGUAUUUUCCAUAUUGGAUAUAUGAUUGUUUUGAGCAAGGUAAGGAUAUUGAAAUUGAAGAAGCAGAAUGUGAUGAUGAGAAUGCGAGUCGAAAUACUAUCGUUAAAAAGAUGACCAUAGUUGCAUUGUGGUGCAUAUUGAUGAGUCCAGAUGAUCGCCCAUCAAUGAAUAAGGUGUUGGAGAUGCUGGAAGGUGAUGUUGAACGUUUGCAAAUUCCUUCUCAAUUGACUCAAAAUGGAGUUGGUUUUGAUCAAAUCGAAAUUACAUCUUCCUCUGAUUCUGUUUCCUUAUUUCAUAAUGAGGAUGCUUCAAUAUGCGUGGAGAACCAUAUGUGAAAAAAAAAAUUAGCCGUCUUUAUACUUCA